CAGCGGCUUCACAUCCGGGCGGCUCCUUCGCUCCUCUUCAGUCGCGAUCCGGUUCCCUUCCCGGCGCCGCUUUGGACCACCGGGGAGUUCUGUGGCUGCAGAAGAAGCCCCCAGGAUCCCGGGCCCCUGUCCGUUAGGCGCCUGAUACCCCCCCUACCCCCCCCUACCCCCUUCCCCCCUUUUACCCCAACGAGUCGCCGCUUCCCGGCUCAGCCGUUCGCACAUGACGCGGGCUCCGCUGAUGGUGGUGCGCGGCGCCGAGCGCUCCCCGUCGGUGCGACACCUCCGCGCGGAAGUAGCAUCGCUGACUAACGUCAGCUAACAGCAUCGCUCUCUCUGCUGCGCCCCCCAUCAUCAUCAUCAUCAUCAUCAUCAUCAUCCCCCUCUCCCUCCGGUCGACCCCCGCUACCGAUCAGUCUCAUCAACAGCUGAUUGAUAGCUCACACUGGACCACGGAGGGCAACCCCUCCUCCCCGAGAGUCCAUCGGACAGCGCAGGAAGACCCCCCGACCCCCAACUAACGUUUCGGAUUUAGGGCCCGAAACGACAGUUGCCUAAGAGUUCUAACCCGUGAUAUUGAAAUCCGAGACACCCCUUCACCCUCCUCCACGGUGGCCUUUUGGGGGUCCGUUUCCUCUCUACCUCAUCAUCCCGAUGGCUGCCAGCCUCUGUGUGUAACCCCCCACGCCUCCACCGAUACCGGGCUGCUCGCUGCUGCUACUGCUUCUGACAAUCCGACCACGGGGCGCUGCACGGCGGGCAGUGAUUGCGGCUAUCCCCGGCGGACAUCUCCGGUUCUCUCUUCCCCCCCCCUUCCUCCUCCUCAGUCCGAUCCCCAGCAGACACAGCCCCCGAGCCAUGCCGGGUCCGGUGGCUGGUAGCAAGUCCCGUGUGUAUACAGACGCCAACACUCUGAAGAGCCGGGAGUACUGGGACUACCAGGCCCACGUGCCCAACUGGAACAACCAGGAGGACUACCAGCUGGUCCGCAAACUGGGCAGAGGGAAGUACAGCGAGGUGUUCGAGGCCAUCAACAUCACCAACAACGAGAAGAUGGUGGUCAAGAUCCUGAAGCCGGUCAAGAAGAAGAAGAUCAAGCGAGAGAUCAAGAUCCUGGAGAACCUUCGAGGGGGAACCAACAUCAUCCGACUGGUGGACGCGAUCAAAGACCCAGUGUCCAGAACCCCAGCACUCGUCUUUGAAUGCAUCAAUAACACAGACUUCAAGGAGUUGUACCAGAAGUUGACGGAUUAUGAUAUCCGUUUCUAUAUGUAUGAACUACUGAAGGCUCUGGACUACUGUCACAGUAUGGGAAUCAUGCACCGUGACGUCAAACCCCACAAUGUGAUGAUCGACCACCAGUUGAGAAAGCUGCGCCUUAUAGACUGGGGCUUGGCAGAGUUCUACCACCCAUCCCAGGAGUACAACGUCAGAGUGGCCUCACGAUACUUUAAAGGGCCCGAACUCCUGGUGGACUACCAGAUGUAUGAUUACAGCCUAGACAUGUGGAGCUUGGGCUGUAUGCUGGCCAGUAUGAUUUUUCAGAAAGAACCUUUCUUCCAUGGACAAGACAACUACGACCAGCUGGUGCGAAUUGCCAAAGUCCUGGGGACGGACGAGCUGUUCGGCUACCUGCGCAAAUACCACAUCGAACUGGACCCGCGCUUCAAAGACCUGCUGGGACAGCAGAGCAGGAAGCGCUGGGAGCAGUUUGUGCAGACGGAGAACCAGCACUUGGUGAGUCCUGAAGCUCUAGACCUGCUGGACAAGCUGCUACGCUACGACCACCAACAGAGGCUGACCGCCACAGAGGCCAUGGAGCACGCUUACUUCUACCCUGUAAUAAAGGAGCAGUCUCUGUCAAACUCUGACAACAACAUGGUAUCCAGUGGCAACACUAUGGCGCGAUGAAACACAGAUGGAGGAGGAGGAGGAGGAGGAGGAGGAGGAGGAGGAGGAGGAGGAGGAGGAGGAGGAGGAGGAGGAGGAGGAGGAGGAGGAGGAGGAGGAGUUCUUUGACCAGUUACACCCUCUUCACUGAUACGUACACGCACACACACACACACACACGACUCAUCGAUAUAAGCACACUUCGAUACAAACUGACUUUUAAAGACAAUUCAAUCCCUUCUCUUCUUCCUCUCUCUGUCGUCCCUCCUUUUAUAUGUUCCCCGUUUGUUUGCAUAAGCAUGGAGAUGAACAGUACACCCCCCCUCCCCCGACCUGUUCAUCCAUCUCCGUCUGCCCCCCUUCCCCCGACUCUCCUCAUCCUGUACCCCGACAGGCACUAGUCCAGCUCUGAACGUGGCAUGGUGGACUCUCUCUAGAUAGAAUGAUGAUAAUAAUAUUAAUGACAAAUAAAUGAUUUUUAUUUAGA